UGUAUAAAUACGUCGUUAUUAAGAGAGGGCUACAAUUGGGAAAAAAAAUAAUGAGAAUUGAUACAAGCUUGGUGAUGUUGGAGUAAAACGCUUAGAAUAUGGUCUACAUAGAGCGGGAUAUUGCAGGCUUUUGAAGCAAUGGCAUCCUCAUUUGCAAAUUAUGCAUAACAGUGCUUUGCAUGAGUAUUUAUAUCUCUUGAGCUUUUUUCUUUUUGCCACGUUACGGCCACAAUUUGUUUUUCGUAGAAUUUUUAAUUGUGAAACGGAAAAAUAAAUGGGUUUUGCUGGAGUAUUUAGGUCUUUACCGGUCUGUCUUCGCGGAAUAGCUCAGACAGCAGGCAGAUCGGUUGGAAGAGGGACGUCAACUUUAAAUCUCGCCACAGCUUUUUGGGUGUAGGUCUAGGCUUUGACUAGGCCUUUGUAGAACAGGCAUAUGCUUUGAUGUAAACUGUCCCACUGAAGUUCUGGCUGUAUGUUUAGGGUCCAGUCUGAAGAGACUCUGCUCUGGUCUCAAAGCUUUUGCAGCUUCUGAAGCGCCACCACGCUUUUAAUGUGUGAACCGGGUUGUUAAGGGUGCUGGUUUUUAAAAGGAUGUCGUUCCGUAGAGGUGUGGUCCGGCAGAGCAAGUUUCGCCACGUCUUCGCUCAGGCCUGGAAGGCCGAGCACUGCCUCGACGACGUCAGAGUGUCCCGGGUGACAUGGGACGGUCCACUCUGCGCGGUCAACCCCAAGUUCAUCGCGGUCAUCAUCGAAGCGGGGGGAGGAGGCGCCUUCCUCGUCGUUCCGAUCGGCAAGAGCGGCAGAAUCGACCAGUCCUGCCCCACGGUCUGCGGACACGCGGCGCCUGUGUUGGACAUCCAGUGGUGUCCCCAUGACGACAACAUCAUCGCAAGUGCCUCAGAGGACUGCACAGUGAAGGUGUGGCAGAUCCCCGACGGCGGGCUGACCAGCCCGAUGACUGACCCGAUUGUGACCCUGGAGGGCCACAGUAAAAGAGUGGGAAUCCUGGCUUGGCACCCUUGUGCCUUCAACAUCCUACUGACUGCAGGCUGCGAUAACGUGGUUUUUGUGUGGAACGUGGGCACGGGCGAACUCGUGUACCAGCUCGCCGACGCCCAUCCGGACCUGAUCUACAGCGUCAGCUGGAAUAAGGACGGCAGCGCCGUGUGCACUGUGUGCAAGGACAAGGCCCUGCGCAUCAUCGACCCACGCCGCGGCGCUGUCCUGAAGGUCAGAGAAAAGGUCCAUGAUGGUACAAGGCCCAUGAGAGCCGUCUUCCUCGCCGAUGGGAAAAUUUUGACCACGGGCUUCAGCCGGAUGAGUGAGAGGCAGCUCGCUUUGUGGGACGCAAAAGAUCUCUCUGAGCCAAUGGCUGUACAAGAAAUGGACACAAGUAACGGAGUUCUCCUUCCCUUUUAUGACCCCGACACAAACAUGGUGUACCUCUGUGGGAAGGGUGACUGCACCAUCCGGUACUUUGAAGUGACAGACGAGUCUCCCUACGUUCACUUCCUGAGUUUAUACAGCAGUAAGGAGCCUCAGAGAGGCGCGGGGUUUCUCUGUAAAAGAGGCGUGGAUGUCAACAAGUGUGAAAUUGCCAGGUUCUACAAGCUGCAUGAAAGGAAAGUGGAACCCAUUUCUAUGACUGUACCACGUAAAUCAGAUCUCUUCCAGGGAGACCUUUACCCAGACACUGCAGGCCUGGAGCCGGCUCUGCUGGCAGACGAAUGGAUCGCGGGACAGGACGCGGCGCCCCUGCUCAUCUCUCUGAGCGGAGGGUACGCGGCUCCUCCCUCCAAACACAGAGACACCCUCAGAAGCAAGCCCAAGCUCAGCUCUCAGGACUCCGGGGCCGGGGGCGCCGCCACGGCAGCAACCGUAGCGGCCACUCCCACACCUACGCCUACGCCUACCUCUGCCGCCAAGGAGGUGGAAGAAGAAACGCCGCAGCCACGGGCGACCGCGAGGGAGACGGAUGGAAAUACCGAGAGGCCGAGGAGAGAGGAUGAAAUGUUGAGCGAACUGUUAGCGGAGAUGAAGGCCCUACGGGCGGUCGUGCUCGCUCAGAACCAGAGAAUCGAGCUGCUGGAGAGGCAGCUCGCCCGGAUCGAAGACGGCGACGUGUGAGGAGGCGUAAAACUCACCGCACACCCGAAGAAGCGAUAGACUGUAGCCUCACUAGUCUUAACAAUACCUUCUUAUUGCUUUGUGAGUGUAAAAAACUGUGUGUAAAGACUGUGAAUCACAGUGGCUUCCAGCUGCUGUGAUUAAGGCUGUACUUCCCAGAUGAUUUUUCUUUUUUAGUAAAUAACGGUGUCAUCUGCAUAGAGUGAAAUUUAUAGCAAAACUAAAAGGAUCUUGUAGCAGUUAUUGGAUCUUGCAACUUUGAGCUUUUUAAAAAUAAAAAAUAAAAAAAAUAAUGCUUUGAUUCUGCAAGACUAGAGGAGUUACAACGAUAUGACUCUAAACUGACUCUGACUUUAACGCAAAAGUUCAUAAUAGGCGUAAUGUGGAGCUCUGCUGACUCGGUUGAAGGUUGCCAAUUUAUAGCAAAGCAUCUAAUUACCUCCAAUAUGUGUGUUUUCCUGGCGGACAUUCAUAAACGUCACCUUUAGGGCUUAUUAUUCAGGUAGUUAGAGGUGCAAAAGUGUCGAGUCGCGGCUCAAAGUUCUACAUGACUUGGGCUUUGUUCUCCCUCCGUUUUCUAUAGUUUGCUCUGUUCAAAUGUACGAACCCAAAAUCUCAAUGAACAAACAGUGAGAACCACGUGAGCGAUGAGCGGUGAGAAAGUUGUGGAGUGUUUAUGUGUAGUUUCAUCCCGUGUUGUGGCAGUAAAGGAAACGGUCGAGCGCUGGUGAUUUUGUGUGCUAAGAACAGCGGCUGUGUUUUAUGGGUCCCUUUGAGGUUAAGCGUUUGAUUGAAAUUACACAUACGCAUUUAUAGCAGUUUCAGUCAACAGCAAUUUAACAUGACACUAUUUUUCCUUUUGGUUUCAGCAAAACACGCAUCAAUAUGCAAAUAUGCGAGGCACUUUUAGUUCCGUUUGUUUCGUUUUAGUCGUACUUUUGUGAAUGUUCUUUAUUUAGAGGCAUUACUGUGUGUUUUACGUAGCAGUCAGUUGUAUAAUAACAUUACAUUCCAGUUGAGCCCUUUAAUACUUUAAUUCUAAUUAUGCACUGACCUCUUAACACUGCUACGAACAACGGGUUCGGCCAGACAACGGUGUAACGAUCGACUCGACUUUGUUUCAUGUUUUGUACGAAAAAGCCUUUCGGUUUACACUAAUGUUCCCUUCGUGGUCAAGUGUUUGUGAUCAGUUCUAGCUCUGAUUACCCUUGAAAAUACUGUGUUUGAGUGUGGUAAUUGUUAAAUAGAUGAUGAAUGGACUUUGUUUUUAACCCAACUUGUCAUUCUUAAUAAAAUAUCCCAUACAAUAUGUGUCUGGUUAAGAGAGUACAAUAUUAUUCUUUAGCUUGUUGCCUCACUGCAGUUCAUUUCACCUUAAAGCCGACUGAGUGCAAAUAAACAGUAGCGUGCGCUGCCGUGAUAAAGAUAAACUUGAGAAGAUUUUCUGGAUUAAGUGGAAUGUUAUCUGCAUCGAGUGAAAUUUAUAGAAAAAAACUGAAAGAGCUUGUUUUUUUUUUGCUACGAAUUUGAGCUUUUAAAGUCAAUGCUUUGAGUUUUCAGCAUUAUUUUGAGCUGAUCCUGACAUCCAAAGUGUGUUAUUCUUCUUUCUCUGACAUCUGCUUCAUCUCUCUAGCGGUUAUUUGAUGGUGCUACUUGAACUUUUUCAAACAAAUACUUGGAUACUGCAUAGAUUAGAACAAAAAGGUAAAAAAUUAACAACUUAGAAUUUGAUUAUUUGUGCUGUCAAGUACUCAUUACAUUAUUUCCUCUCAUUUCCAGAAAUAAAUGUCACCACUAUUCUGGUAAUUUUA